CAUUGUUGCUUCCUACCUGCCAGAAGCUAUCCAUUUAGAGAACUUUAUUUUACUCAACUGGACAUUCCUUAAAUCGGAAUUGUAGUUAUCUGCAUUGGAUAGUACGAGAAAAGCUAAGAUCAUCUUUUUACUUAGUCAAGUAUUGAAGACAGAACUAUGUUCUACAAAACCGCCUUAUUAUUGGUCGCGGUCACUGCCUUUCUACUCACCGAAGUACAGGGCCACAGGAAAAAGUUUGUUGAAAGCAAGAAAGCAGUACGACCAGAGGUCCAGAAAAAAAAUCUUCUGCAGUUUGGUCUAAUGGUUAAUUGCAUGACUGGAAGGUUCGCUUUGGACUACAACAACUACGGAAGCUAUUGUGGAGUUGGAGGCUCUGGGACCCCUGUGGAUGACUUAGAUCGAUGCUGUAAAGUUCAUGAUGAGUGCUACGGUCGAUACGAUCACUGCACUCCUUAUUACAUCUAUUACACUUCGUACAGGACUGGAUGGCAUCCAAACUGCAAAAUAACCUGCGGUGAUACUGACCCAUGCAGGAAAGCAGUAUGUAUGUGUGAUAAGGAGGCAGCAGAGUGCUUUGCCAAGAACAAGUACAACCCGAAAAAUAAUAAUAAAUGGUUUUUAUGGUUUCGGAAGUAAUCUACCUUACGACUGAAGCUUGCGAUUUCAAUAAUUUUACUGAAGUUUUAUGAGCACUAAAGGGUAAAUAAAUUGAUCAUUAAUCAUCCUCAAUAAUAUCCUCAUCGCCAUCCUCUGAUCUCUGAUUAUCAUCAUAAAGAUAAUCAUCAAUUAUCAUUAUUGUUAACAUCAUACACAUCAUAGCUUAUAUGGCAUCAAACUUGAAUAAUAAAAGGCCGUUCAAGCAAUUUAUAGAUUAAUAAAGGCCGGUUUAGACGGUUCGAUUUUCGCCUACAACUAUCGUAUAUAACACGCUCGUGCCAUCCUACAACUCGAGUCGUAGCGUGUAAAUCAAGCCUAUAACUCGCCUACGACAGACGCGAGCGUGUUGUAUACGAUAGUUGUAGGCGAAAAUCGAACCGUCUAAACCGGCUUUAAUUUAUUGCUCAAUAAAUUUAUCAUCAUUCAUGAUAAUGAAAUGUCACCGUCAUCAUCCCAAUCGUCAUCAGCAAGCUUUUAAAAUAAAGUGCCAUUCAUAACUUUA